GCGCGUCUCAGGCAUGGCUUUCCUCUCGGCGGUCACGUGACCCUCGCGCUGGGCCUGCUGUCGGUUUUCAGCAGACGGAGAGAGAGGAAGAAAAAUGGCGGCUGUAAGGGACCCGGAGCGGGACGCCGGCCAUUCGGUUUGAGGUUUCUCUCCCAAACUGAGCCCGGGGCUGUGGCGGAACUGCUUCUCCGAAUUCUGCAGAGGUUCAGCUUUCGGGCGGUACCCGUUUUCCCGGGUUUGCACCGGCGAGUCCCUGACAAAAACUGAAAGAGAAAAUAAUAGAUUUUUUAUAUUUAUCUGUGGAGGAUGAGAGGGAGAAGAGGCAGGCCGCCCAAGCAGGCGCUGAUGCAGGAGCCGUCUCCUGGCCCAGUCCGGGGUUUGAGACCCAGGCGGGUGUUAAGCGCGAAGGGGAGAGGCGCGUCCGAGGCCGAAUUCGCGACUCCCAGGAGGGGGAAUCACCAUUCUUCCAGGGGCAGGAGGAAACUGGGGUCGAGCACCGCGUCGGGGGGCAGAGGAAGAGGCAGGGUCGGAGCGGGCAGGGGACGGAGGACCAGCAAGGUGGUCUACGAUGACCACGAAAGCGACGAGGACGAGGAGGAUGCCGUGAGCCUGCGCUCCGAAGAAGACGAGCCCGUGGAAGAGGAGCCGCUGUCGGAGGAGGAAGAAGCGGCGAUUGACGACGAGUCUGAUUACCUGGAGGAGAUAGGCGAAGACGAGGAUGAUGAUGGCAGCUUCUGCACUGAGAGCAGCUUUCGGAGCCACAGUACGUACAGCAGUACCCCAGGGAGGAGACGGCAGAGGAUUCACCGGCCACGCUCGCCGAUCUUCGAGGAGAAGGAGGUGCCUCCCCUGGAGCUCCCCAAGUCCUCCGAAGACCUCCUGGUGCCCACUGAGCAGCUCCUGAACAUUGUGGCCAUCUACGAUGUCCUGAGGAACUUCGGCACGGUCCUACGGCUUUCCCCCUUCCGCUUCGAGGACUUCUGCGCGGCCCUGGUGGGGCAGGAGCAGUGCACGCUGAUAGCAGAGACUCACAUCGCCCUGCUGAAAGCCAUCCUGAGGGAGGAGGACACCUCCAACACCAGUUUCGGCCCGGCCGACCUGAAGGACAGCGUCAACUCCACCUUGUACUUCAUUGACGGCAUGACGUGGCCGGAGGUGGUGCGGGUCUACUGUGAGAGCGACCGGGAGUACCACCACGUGCUGCCCUUCCACGAGGGGGAGGACUACCCCUACGGACCUCUGGAGAGCAAGAUCAAGGUGCUGCAGUUCCUGGUGGACCAGUUCCUCACGACGAACAUUGCCCGCGAGGAGCUCAUGUCGGAGGGGGUGGUCCAGUACGACGACCACUGCCGAGUCUGCCACAAGCUGGGGGACCUGCUGUGCUGCGAGACCUGCUCGGCCGUCUACCACCUGGAGUGUGUGAAGCCCCCGCUGGAGGAGGUGCCCGAGGAUGAGUGGCAGUGCGAGAUCUGCGUGGCGCACAAGGUGCCCGGCGUCACGGACUGUGUGGCGGAGAGCCAGAAAAGCAAGCCCUACGUUCGGCAGGAGCCCAUCGGCUACGACAGACACAGACGGAAAUACUGGUUCCUGGAUAGGAGAAUAAUAGUAGAGGAAGACGGGGAACAUGAGAAGAAGGUUAUUUGGUACUACAGCACAAAGGUUCAGCUGGCAGAGCUGCUGGAACGCCUGGAUAAGGACUAUUGGGAAAAUGAACUUUGUAAAGUCCUGGAAGAAAUGAGAGAGGAAAUUCACUCUCACAUGGACAUCACUGAGGAUCUCACCAACAAAGCCAGUGGCAAUAACAAGUCAUUUUUGACAGCAGCUAAUGAUGAGAUUUUGGAACGGUUAAAAGCGAAACAGGACGCGGAGCUGGAAGAAGUGAAGAGGAAAGCAGCUGAAGAGGCUGAAAAGAUGCGCAAGGAGAGCGGGGGUGAGAGCCAACACGAGCCGGAGAAGAGCGAGCAGGAGCCAGCACCACAACCAGACCAGGACAAGGAAACGAAAACAACACCGGAGCAGCCUGAGAGCGAGCAGGGGAAGGCAGCAGCCUCACUCAGUGCGGAGGAGAGCAGUAACUCAGAGACGUUGCAGUCUGCAGCCCCCAGCACCAGUCCUGCUGCAGAGGACUUGGGUUCAACGGACGGGAAAAGCACGACGGAGGCUCAGCAAGCAGCAAUCGUUACCAGCCAGACACCUGAGGAGAAGCCAGCUGCCCAGGCUGAACAGGACGCUGCAGAUAAAGCAGAAGAGGCCAGCUGUAGCAAUGGAGAGAACGCCUCCACCCCUGUCCCUCCCUCCUCACAAGCGAACGAUGAGAACAGCAGCAGCAGCAGCAUCACCUCCUCCUGCGAACCCCACAACUCAACCACCCCCAAACUAGCAGAUGAGGCGGACGUCGCUGACAAGUCCUCCCAGUCUUCAGUCACCAGCCAAGAGGAGACAGGUGAUAACAAAGCGGAGAGCAGCGACGGAGCAGCGAGUGGGAAGGGCACGCCCGGCUCCACGCGGAUGGUCACGCGGUUACGGAAUCCUGACAGCAAGCUGAGUCUGCUCAAGAGCCAGCAAGUCGCUGCCGCAGCUCACGAAGCAAACAAGUACUACAAGGAAGGCAAAGAGGUCCUGGUGGUGAACUCUCAAGGCGAGGUCUCCCGACUAAGCACCAGGAAGGAAAUUGUGAUGAAGGGGAACCUCAGCAACUACUUCAAGCUGGGCCAGGAGGGGAAGUACCGGGUCUACCACAACCAGUACAGCACCAACGCCAUGGCCCUGAACAAGCACCAGCACCGUGAGGACCACGACAAGCGGCGGCACCUCUCCCACAAGUUCUGCAUGACCCCCGCCGGUGACUUCAAGUGGAACGGCUCUGUGCACGGCUCCAAGGUGCUGACCAUCUCCACACUGAGGCUGACCAUCAUACAGCUGGAAAACAACGUGCCGGCACCCUUCCUGCACCCCAACUGGGCUUCACACAGGUCUAACUGGAUUAAGGCUGUUCAGAUGUGCAGUAAAGCCAGGGAGUUUGCGCUCGCCUUAGCCAUCCUAGAGUGUGCCAUUAAACCUGUCGUCAUGCUGCCUGUGUGGAAGGAUGCACUUGGGCACACGAGGUUGCACCGCAUGACAGCCAUAGAGCGGGAGGAGAAAGAAAAAGUGAAAAAGAGGGAGAAGAAGCAAGAGGAUGAAGAAACCAUGCAGCAGGCCACGUGGGUUAAAUACACCAUCCCCAUUAAGCACCAGGUGUGGAAGCAGAAGGGGGAGGAGUAUCGCGUGACUGGGUACGGCGGGUGGAGCUGGGUUAGUAAAACCCACGUCCAGCGCUUCGUUCCCAGGCUGCCAGGAAACACCAAUGUCAAUUACAGGAAAGCUCUGGAGGCAAAAAGCAAUAAAGAAGGUGCCGAGUCCCAAAAGCUGGAUCUUGAUAAAAGGAAAAGCUCAUCCAAAGUGAAAACAGAGACCGAAGCUCGUGAGAAAGACCCCAGGUCCUCCAGAGAUUCAAAGAUUCAGAGCUUACCGGAAAAGGACAAGGACCAAACUGCUCCCAGCGAGUCUUCUGAGGACAAACCUGUAAAGGAGGAGGCUGCUGAGAAGAUGGAAGUGGAGACCAGCCCUGCAGAGCCAAGUCCGGAGGAAGAAAAAGGGAAAAAUGAAAGCUCAGGUUCUGACGGCGAGAAGACCAUGAAGGAGGAGCCGAUGGAAGACGACGCAGUGAAAACGGAAUCGCUGUCAAAACCUUUCGAGGACGACGUGGUCAAUGUCAGCGAGGGCUUUCAGUUAAGGACUGCGUACAGAAAGAAAGUGAAAGCCUCCAAACUGGACAGCCUGCUCGAAAGGAGGGUCAAGCAGUUCACUUUGGAGGAGAAGCAGAGGCUGGAGCGGCUCAAGCAGACGUCUCUGGUGAAACCGACUGGGAAGCACCUAGCGGGUGCCAUUGUCCCCCAGUCCACAGUCAGAGUCAAAGCUGAGUACAAAGAAAGCUUGAUCGACAAAGCAAAGACUGAGCCCCCAGCUGCAGUGAAAGCUGACAGCGCUCCGACGGAGAAAGACCAGCCUUCAAGUACAGAGAGCAGUCUGGCUACCACUGACUCCUCGCCGGGGGAACAAGAGGUCACGAAGGACGUCCAGGAAGGCAAUAAGAUGUUUAAAAAAAGCCAGCAGGGCUCUGAAGAUCCCACCUCCGUUCAGAAAGAGAAUGGGGAAAGCACCACUGAUGAGAGCCCUGAAUUGGAGUCCACGGAAGAAAAUCAGGAACCCAAAAAGACACCAGACGUGACCACUGACAUGUUGUCUGAGCCUGUGCUUAAAGAUCAAUUGACUGAGGCUCAAAGCUCUGAGGAGACUAAAAAACUAGACCCCAAAUUAGAAUCCAGCAGUGAAGACAAGCGUGUCGAUUCUGACUUGACCCCAGCAGGUGCAAAGACUGAAAUCCUUAGUGAAGCGGUAGAACGCCCUGAUGCAAAAGAGCACAAAGCAACAGUUCCAACAAGUGUCUCGCCAUCUGUUGGCAAUGACGCUGCGAGUGAAAAUCAGGUCCCCACUUCUAAAGCCGAAUCUCCCGUGGAAAGCAAGUCUGAGCCGAGCGCAUCGGAAUUGAAUGGCAGCGGUCGGAAAAGUGAAACGCAUCGGAUGGAAACUCUGGUAGAAAAACUGGAUUUGAUGGAGCAAAGCAUCGACCAGAAUCCAUUAGACGAGCGACCAAGCAAAGUCGGGGAGGAAAAAAACGAUUGUCCCCAAGUCCAGGAGACAGAGAAAAAAGACGAGGCUGAGAACAUUUCCGAGCCUGAGAACAUUUCCGAGCCCACGGUUAAUAAGCGUUCCCUGGAGGAGAACAACAAAGUGUGCCUGGACCAAAUGGACACGGAAGACAGCAAAGCAGAGAUCAGCCGAGCUGGGGAGGAAGAAGCUAAAGAGCACUGUCCUCACACUCCAGCCCAGGUCAAUGGAAAGGAUGGGGCUGAAAGUAAUUCAACCGCAGACUCCAAACCCCCUGUAAAAGAGCCCUCGAACCUUCCAAAUAACAUUGAAGGGAAAGUUAACAACCUAUCUAAGGCAAGUUCGGACAGUGAAAUAAAAAGUUUGUCGCUGAAGGGUCCUGUGAAACCUCUGAUGAAUGGUGAUAUGGGCGUGGAGGGAGCUAAAGAGAAGCCUAACAACAUAGAGGCUCAGUCUUUGCCAUCCAGCCCGUCGGUAGUUGAUGGUGAAAGGAAGGUUGCAGUUGUCGAUCAGGACUAUUUACCCCCGGUCAAAAUGGCCAAACUGGGAAACAAUAUCGAGGAAGAUGUCAACUCUGCUGUGUCUACUACUACGCCUACACCAGCGGAUGCAAGUCCUGACAGUGCAACCCAACCCAAAGUCAAAGACCAGAGCAUAAACGAAGAGGAGCCCAUGGAAACGGAAAAGCCAGCGCCCAAGAAAAUAAUAAUCCCCUCCCCGGUUCCUUCGGCAGAGGAAUCCAGCCUCAGCAGCGACUUCGCCGACGAGAGCGUUCACCAUCCGGAACCAAACAAGGUCGAAACCAACGGGGAGGAUGGCGUCAAAACCAUCAUCACCAAAGUGACCACCACCACCACCACCGUUUCCACAGAGUCGAAGACCGUUCAGAUCGCCGAGGUGUCCAGUACGCAGAGCAGCAAGCCCAUGAUGGUGUCUUCCAUGGAGGACUCUGCCGUGUCCACCCUGACCACCAUGACGAAGACCACAGUUACCAAAGUGACCUCUCCCGCGCAGGACCGCAGCGUGGUCUCGGUGAUGGAGGAGAGCAAGACCACUGUCACGACCACGCUGACGGACUCCGCCACCGGUCCCUUGGGCACUUCCGUCACCACCAUGACCGUCAGCAAGGAGUACUCCACGAAAGACAGGGUCAGGCUGAUGAAAUUCUCGCGGACGAAAAAGACGCGAUCUGGGACGGCCCUGCCUUCCUACCGCAAGUUCAUCACCAAAAGCAGCAAGAAGAGCAUAUUUGUUCUGCCCAACGACGACCUGAGAAAGCUGUCCAGGAGAGGGGGGAUCCGAGAGGUGCCAGUGUUCAAUUACAAUGCGAAGCCCGCGCUGGAUAUCUGGCCCUACCCUUCACCAAGACCAACGUUUGGGAUCACGUGGAGGUAUCGUCUCCAGACAGUGAAAUCCCUAGCGGGAGUAAGCCUGAUGUUGCGAUUGCUGUGGGCUAGCCUGAGGUGGGAUGACAUGGGAGUGAAGCCUUCAUCUACUGCCGGCACCACACGCACAGAAACUUCAGAAACGGAGAUCACGACGACUGAGAUAAUGAAGCGCAGAGACGUUGGACCCUAUGGAAUCCGCUCAGAGUACUGCAUCAGGAAGAUAAUCUGUCCGAUUGGUGCGCCCGAAACUCCAAAAGAAACACCCACUCCACAAAGGAAAGGUCUUCGGUCUAGCGCUCUGAGGCCAAAGAAGCCGGAAGCCCCCAAGCAGACGGGCCCAGUCGUGCUGGAGACGUGGGUGGCAGAGGAGGAGCUGGACCUGUGGGAGAUCAGGGCGUUUUCAGAAAGGGUUGAGAAGGAGAAGGCCCAGGCUGCAGAGCAGCAGGCAAAGGUUAGUGAGCAGAAGAAAGACGAGGAGUUCAAGGCCCAAAUGGAGGCUCAGCUGAAGCAGCAGAGAUUGGCUGCCCAGCAGAAGCGUCUGGAGCAGCAGAAGCAGUCCCCAGCCGCAAGCACGGCCUCACCUGUGACCACCACUGGCAGCACCACCAAUGCUCUGUCCACCCCCCAGAAAGUAGUGGUAGGCUCCUUGACAAGCCAGGUCACCCCCGGAACCAAAGUGGUACUGGCCACCAAGAUGGGCUCGCCUACUGCUGUGACAUUCCAGCAGAACAAGAACUUCCAUCAGACCUUCGCUUCCUGGGUCAAGCAGGGCCAGACCAGUACAGCCACCAGUACGGUUGCUACGGUAGCAACAAGUGUAGCCACGGCAGGGCAGACGUUCCAGAUCACGGGCAGUUCGAUGUCGAUGUCGGGCAAAGUGAUUACUGCCAAACUGCCCCUCCCGGCCAACAGCAAAAUCGUCACCGUCAAUGUGCCAACAACACAAGGAGGUGUAGUUCAGGUCCAGCAGAAAGUCCUGGGUAUCAUUCCAUCCAGCACUGCGGCCAGCCAGCAAACCUUCACGUCAUUCCAACCCCGGACAGCCACUGUAACCAUCCGGCCCAAUACCCCUGGCACUGUUGCAGGCACGGCCGGCACACAGCAGGUGAUAACGGGAGGAGCACAGAUCCGUCCCGGGAUGACUGUUAUUCGGACCCCCCUCCAGCAGACCACCUCCCUCGGCAAGACCAUCAUCCGAACCCCGCUGAUGGUACAACAAGGUAUUCUCCCAGCCAGUCAGACGCAGCAGGUUGUAACGCAGAUCAUCCGCGGGCAGCCGGUGUCCACUGCCAUCCACACGAGCCCAGCGCACAGGAUGGUGACGACCUCCGCCCAGCACCCCGCAGCCAGCCCCCAGACCCAGCCUGCCACUCCCCAGGGGCCGGGGCCACGGCCACAACAGGGCCAGGUAAAGCUAACUCUGGCACAGCUCACCCAGCUGACACAGGGACAGAGUGGAAGUCAAGGGCUGACGGUGGUGAUCCAGGGCCAGGGUCAGACGACUGGGCAGCUGCAGGUGAUCCCUCAGGGGGUGACUGUGAUCCCGGGACCUGGGCAGCAGCUCAUGCAGGCUGCGAUGCCCAACGGCCAGGUCCAGCGCUUUCUCUUCACCCCAAUGCCACCACCACCCAUCUCCACUGGAAACGCUGCCGUUACCGCGGUCACGGCUACCUCCACCACGCCUUCUGUGCCAGCUCCCACAGAGCACAAAGUGGCUCAGAACCAACCCCAACUGCAGACGCAGACGCAGACACAAGCACAAGCGCAGGUUCAGGCCCAGUAUCAAGUCCAAAGUCAUCCUGCCAUGUCUCAAGCACAGACCCCGGCGCAGCCAGCCCAGCAAGCAGCCGCCCCUGUCCAGGCCUCCACCUUCUCCACCCCCGGCACGCCUGCCCAGCCUCAGUCCCAAAGCCAGGUCCCCACCCGAACUCAGGCACAGACCCCGUUGCAGCCCCAGGCUCCCCUGCAAGCCCACGCCACCCUCGUCUCCCAGACUCCGUCCCUGGUGAAGGCCGUGACGGCCGCGCAGACUCUGAACCAGGUGACGGUGAAGUCUCCCGGCCGGGCCCAGCUGCAGCUCCACCAGCCCCAGCUCAUCACCGUGCCUCACCAGCUGCAGCAGCAGGUGCAGGUGCUCUCCCAAAUCCAGUCCCACAUGGCUGCCCAGAUACAGGCCCAGCAAGUAGGAGGAGGGGGCGUGCUGCCCCAGCAGAUCAAGCUGCAGCUGCCCAUCCAGAUCCAGCAGGGGGCGCCGGUGCAGCCCCAUCAGAUCCAGAACGUGGUGACCAUCCAGACGGCCAGCGUGCAGGAGCAGCUGCAGAGGAUCCAGCAGCUCCGGGAGCAGCAGCAGAGGAAGAAGCAGCAGCAGCAGGAGGCCAAGAGGGAGCAGAGCCUGCAGGCAGCCAACCAGAGCGACAUCAUCCAGAAACAAGUGGUGAUGAAGCAGAACGCUGUCAUAGAGCACCUGAAGCAGAAAAAGACGCUGUCGCCGACAGAAAGAGAAGAGAACCAGAGGAUGAUCGUGUGUAACCAGGUAAUGAAGUUCAUCUUGGACAAAAUCGACAAGGACGAGAAACAGGCGGUGAAGAAGAGGAAGCGGGAGGAGUCUGUGGAACAGAAGCGCAGCAAGCAGAACGCCACCAAGCUGUCAGCCCUGCUGUUCAAACACAAAGAGCAGCUCAAAGCAGAGAUCCUGAAGAAGAGGGCUCUGCUCGACAAGGAGCUGCAGCUGGAAGUGCAGGACGAGCUGAAGAAGGACCUGAGCAAGCUGAAGAAGGAGAAGGCGCAUGUUGCCGUGUCUCAGGCAGCAGCAGCAGCAGCAGCAGCGACGGCCGCGGGCCAGGCGGUCGUUCUCACGGCCGCCAUGUCCUCCCCGAGCUCCGCACAGAAACGGAAACGGGACGAGGAGAAGGACCCGCCCAGCGGCAUCGCCUCCCCCGCCAAGCCCAAGAAGAAGAAAAUGAUCUCUACUACCUCAAAGGAUGCGAAGAAGGACACCAGUCUGUACUGUGUGUGCAAAACACCGUACGACGAAUCCAAGUUCUACAUCGGCUGCGAUCUUUGUACAAACUGGUACCACGGGGAGUGUGUUGGCAUCACAGAGAAGGAGGCAAAGAAGAUGGACGACUACAUCUGCAACGAGUGCAAACGGGCACAGGAGGGCAGCAGCGAGGAGCUGUAUUGUAUCUGCCGGACGCCGUACGAUGAGGCUCAGUUCUACAUUGGCUGUGACCGCUGUCAGAACUGGUACCACGGGCGCUGCGUGGGUAUCGUGCAGAGCGAGGCCACGCUCAUCGACGAGUACGUCUGUCCGCAGUGCCAGUCCACGGAGGACGCCAUGACCGUACUGACCCCGCUCACAGAUAAGGAUUACGAAGGGUUAAGAAGAGUUCUGCGUUCCUUACAGGCUCACAAAAUGGCAUGGCCGUUUUUAGAACCUGUAGACCCCAACGAUGCACCAGAUUAUUAUGGCUUAAUAAAGGAACCAAUGGACCUGGCCACAAUGGAGGAGAAGAUACAGAAACGUUACUACAACAAGCUAACGGAGUUUGUGGCAGACAUGACCAAAAUCUUCGACAACUGCCGUUACUACAACCCCAGCGACUCGCCGUUUUAUCAGUGUGCCGAGGUUCUCGAAUCAUUCUUUGUACAGAAACUUAAAUCUUUCAAAGCAAGCAGGUCUCAUAACAACAAACUACAGUCUACAGCUUCUUAGAAUACAGAACUCUAUGCCCUAAAUCACAAAGCGCAGGCUUCUGGUUCUGUGAGAACUCUUGCCCAUUCGGAACCAGGCUUCUCCUCUCAUUCGGGUCUCCCCGGAGGACCCGCCCUGUAAACCAGCGUAUUUUCCUGUCAGUCACAGAUCAGGAACUGGAUUGGAUUGGAUCGCACCGGCCAGCUUUGGCUGCAGCAUGAAGGAGGGAGAUGAGUAGAAAUGUCCCCUGCAGUCGCUGUCUCUGACGGAGGAGAGUGCAAACCUGGGGAUAGCUUUCUGUCAGCGAGGCACGGUCUUGUGUUUUUGUUUUUUCUUCCCAAGUCAAAGUGGUCGUAAAGAAAGAUCUGCAGCAAAUAAGCUGGUGGUUAUCAUGCCAAAAAAAGAAAAUAAUCUAAGAACUGUGUGUACCGUUUAGUGAAAAAUACAUUUUUAUAUUCAACCCUGUUUGUCAACUAAUCGUAUUGCACUCCCAGUUUCAGCUGUUUUUCAUGCUCCCUGUAUGUAAAGGUUAAGAUUCCCCCUUCGCUCCCCUCCUCUCUAGACCUUUUCUUUUUUCGAAAGGGACUGCAAUGUGGGAAUCCACAAGGGCUUCACAGCUAACAAUCCAGCACAGAACAACGGUGGAGUUGAUCAGAUUGUUGCCCUUGUCAGUGGCACCAAAACAAAAUAACAGAAGUAUACAAAUCACCCUGCAGUGACGAGGGACUGAAAAUGAAAAAAGCUGAAAAGCAUUGUGUAUUUGAAGGUGUCUCUGUUUGUAAAACUUUGUCAGAUUUUUUUUUUAAUAUUAUUAUUAUUAUUUUGUAUUGCAGCUCAAGCAGUGAUGUAUAUGAAACAUAAUAAAUGGAGAAUAACGUUCUCUUCCACACUGAUAGAGGCGACGCCAAAUGUUAUUGAUCUAUAAAGACCUGUUCGGUAUUCCUUCUGUCUUUUCCAAACAAAAUAUUACAAAAAAGCUGCAGUUUGGAAACGGUACAAGGAAUGGGUAAAGGGCCUGUUAAACCGUAAUGUGAGUUUAUCAUUUCAGCUCCUUAUGCGAGCUGUCGCUGGUUCUCGAGAACACUGGUUGACGGUUUGAAUAGUUGUGAUUCAAAACAAGCGCUUCAUACAGGUGCAUUUCCAAAAAGGGUGGCUGCAGAUCACAUGUUUAAACUCCACGCAGUGGGUUAAUAUGGGCAGCGAUUCGGGACAGUGCUGCUCGGUUUCCUCUCCCUUGACAACAGGGUUUUAAAAAGCAAAUGUGUAAUCUGUCAUCUGAGGAUUUCCGAGAGCAUGUUGGAAGGGGGAGGAUGCCUUUCACUAGUUUUUAGUUGUGUGUAUGUGUGUUGUUUUUUGUUUGUUUGUUUUUUAAUGAAAAGCAUCAGAUUUUGUGCUCUCUGCAGUAAUUUAAGCUGAAAAUGUAGUAAGUUGCAUUUUCUGAGCUGUCUGCGAAGGCAAAGAAAACAGAUUAUUUUUCCUGCAGUCCUUCUGUUGUCUGCUUUGUACAAAAGAACACGGAACCGUGAGAUUCCAUUUGCUUGUAAAAAACCUAGAAUAUUUUCAUAGAGCUUCUACUUAUAAACCUGUAAGAUUGGUUGCCAUCAGGAAUUCAUUUUAAUGUGAUGAUCUAAACCAAGUUAACUGGUUCCUACCUGUAACAUAAAUUAAUUUGGCAGACCUUUUCAUGUCACCUGUUUGACUUUAUUUUAUAUUAAUUAGAAGG